CCUGUUAACUCUUUACUCUGGUCUAAUGGAGACAGCCCUGGACUGAAAGUGAAGGACCCAGUCUCUAGUUAUAUUUGUCAGGACACGAAUCAGGUUCUCUUCAAAUGCUGCCAGGGAUCUGAAGAGGUACCCUGCAACAAACCAGUUCCUGUAAGCCUUUCUGAGGAUCCUUGCUGCCCACUGCAUUUCCAGUUGCCUCCUCAGAUGUAUAAGCCCAAGCAGGUACUGUCUGUGCCAGACGAUCUGGAAGCCGGCCCCAUGGAUCUGUACUUGAGUGCUGCCGAGCUUCAACCCACUGAGGGUUUACCUCUGGAGUUCAGUGAUGAUUUGGAUGUUGUGGGUGACGGUAUGCAGUGCCCUCCUUCACCCUUGCUUUUUGAUCCUUUACUAACCCUUGAAGAUCAUCCAGUCAAAGAAAUUGCUGAAGGCCCAGUGGAUAUUUUGGGCCAGAUGCAGAUGGCUGGAGAUGGGUGCAGAUCACAGGGACCUCGAAAUUCUGAGAAAGCCCUUGCACCAUUGCCUCAGAGUGGAGUGGCUACUGCAAAUGGGAAGCCAGAACCCUCUUCUGUUAGUUGAUGGCUUGUUCUGGGAACCAGUUGACUUUGGAGGAUUUGUAUUUCCCAUUCUUUCAACAAGUAUUUCUGACCCAUCUCUCACUAUAAAUGACAACCCAGACUACCUUGUUUUUCUUUUGGGUUAUCGAGUGCUCCAGUCAAACAAAUGUUGAGGGCAGGGACCAAUUGUGUGUACAAGCUGUGGAUGUCUUCCCACUCCAUGCAAGGGGGAGAGGUAGGUGGUUCCCAUCAGAGCUGCUGGGAUUGAGAGUCUUGGAGACUGUGCCUAAGGGAAGAGAGGUUUUUGUAAUGCUGUUUCCCAAGUCUUGGGAUGUUGAGGGACCCAGUGGUUGGUUAUCUCUGUCUAGCAGCCUGUAUUUUAGCCUUUCCUCGCCUCUCAUCCUUAUUGGGUACUCUGAAGCUCCUCUCCUCAGUGAAUUCUGACCCAUAGCCUCUGAGAAAAUAGCCCACAGGACUGGGCCUUGCUAAACCAUCCAUCGUGCUUCUAACCUAUGUAAAUUUCUGUAGUGGCUAUCUUAUGUAAGAUACAAUAAAAAUUAUUGUACAUAAAAAAAAUAGAUAA